CAAAGAGCAAGUGAAUUUUCAUGGCAGCCAAAGAGGAGGUGAAGCUUUUGGGGUUCUGGGUUAGUCCAUUUGUGCUUAGGGUCGAAUGGGCUCUCAAAAUCAAGGGUGUCAAGUACGAGUACAUAGAAGAAGAUAUCUUCGACAAGAGCACCUUGCUCAUGGAGUUGAACCCAGUUCAUAGGAAAGUCCCAGUGCUUGUUCAUGAUGGGACCGUGAUUGCGGAAUCCUUUGUUAUUCUUGAAUAUAUUGAUGAAACAUGGAAGCAAAACCCAUUGCUGCCUCAAGAUCCUUACCAAAGAGCGUUGGCUAGAUUUUGGGCAAAAUUUGCUGAAGAGAAGAUUUUUGAAGGUGCAUGGAAUGCUUUAUGCUCCCAAGGAGAGGAAAAGCAAAAGGCUCUGCAACAAACCAUUGAAGCCGUGGAGACACUAGAGGGAGAACUUCAAUGGAAGCAGCAGUUCUUUGGAGGGGAGAGCAUCGGGUAUACGGACAUUAUAUUGGGUUGGAUCUCUUAUUACCUUCCAAUAUGGGAAGAAGUUGGAUCCAUGAAAAUUUUAGACCCAGUUAAAUUUCCAGCCACCGUUGCCUGGAUCAACAGGUUCCUGAAACAUCCAGUGAUCAAAGACACCUUUCCACGAAGGGAAAUGAUGCUUGUUUAUUUCCACCAGCGCAGCGAAGCAUUAGGUUCUACAUCUCAUGGGUGGCUUAGGGUUUAAUCAAUCCUCUUGUCACUGUUAUUUAUUUUCUGGGUUUCUGCUUUUGUUGCUUAUAAUAAACUCUUGCUUUCAAAAGAGCAUUUGAAGGAUAAUAAAUUGUACUUACAAAUUGUGAAAAUGUUGUCAUUGAAGUUGCUGGUUUGGUUCUGUUUUAUAGCAGUCUUUUCCAACACAUAA